UGUUAUUAUUGGACUAAUAUACUGAGGAAUUCGCAACAAUGCCAUCGCUUGCUGGUGCCCGGUAACCUGGCGCGGCGCUACCGAAACCGCAACUCGGAAAGGUGGUGAUGUUUACGUGAGCAAGAAUCUGCGACGAGAUCGCCUCGCCCGAACGUGCCCCAUGAAGAUCGUCACGCGAAAUUGACUCGUUCUCCGCAGCUCAUACGUGCCUUACUUACAUCGGUGUUCAGACGAACGGCAAACUUGCGCGUCGGUGUGUGCGUGCCCGCGCCACGCCUUUUUUAAUUACUACCGACCACGUGAGAACCAUCCGCCUACUCAAAACCAGCGGUGCCGGAAAGCUCCAUUUUCGGACGGUUAAAAAUGAUCAUCGGACAUUGCGAAAAUGGGCACCUGUGCUGCUGUGAGCCGAGCUAGCCCUGUUCGCAUAGCCGCCUACGAUUCUUAGUGACGUGCGGCUGUGCCCCCGUUAGGGAUGGAACGGAUAUUCCACGAGAAGCAAGAAGGCUCGCUGUGUGCCCAGCACUGCCUCAAUGGACUGCUUCAGGGCGAGUACUUCACUGCUGUUGACCUGGCAACGAUUGCCCAGCAAAUUGACGAGCAGGAACGCGAGACCAUGGCCGAAGGGGGCCUGAACAGCGACGACUACCAGCGUUUCGUGCAUCAACCAUCGGGGAACCUGGACGACAGUGGCUACUUCUCUGUGCAAGUGAUUGCCAGCGCACUCAAAGUGUGGGGCCUCGAACUUGUGCCUUACAGCAGCACUGAUGCAGUGGCGCAGGCAGCCCAAGCAGAUCCUACGCAGUCGACGGCCUACAUAUGCAAUUACAAGGACCACUGGUUCACCAUCCGCAAGCUGGGCAGCCGCUGGUUCAACCUCAACUCGCUGCUGUCGGGGCCGCAGCCCAUCUCCAGGACCUACCUCGCACUUUUCCUCGCUCAGCUACAACAGGAAGGUUACUCCAUCUUCGUGGUGGUUGGCGAACUGCCACAGUGCCAAGCGGAUGACUUUCACGAGGAAGACAGCGAUCCCGAUCUCCAGGAGGCGCUGCAGCAGAGUCUGCAGGAAAGCCAGCAGGCCAAGACGCCCACCGAGGCGUCCACGCUCUCGGACGACGAAAUGCUCGAGGCCGCCCUGAGACUCUCCAUGGAGAGCUGACCGCUCCGGUGCAUCGAAAGGACGAACUAUGCAACGUUCUGCGUUACAUACACCCCGUUGAUUUUAUUUGUAAAACAUGUUGACGCCCGCGCUCCCAAGGUCAGACCGUGCGGCUGUGUGCAACGAACUGAGAAGGUGCCACAGGAGUGCACUACACCAGCGAAAGUUGUUCUUCAUUGUGCAUGUACUGCAAUAUGUUAGUCUCGAGCCCAAAUAAAUCUAUGCAGGAUCAUCA